AUGUUCGGCAAGCACGCGUCUCUCCUAGCCCUGCUAGCCGUCCCUUUUGCCUACGCCGAAACCCCCCUAUGCCUUGACCCGGCUGGGCUUCGAGGCGUUGAGCUCUAUGACUAUGCCUACUAUCGCGAGGUUCCCGACGGUAGGACCCUGGCCUUUUGUUACAAUGUGGGCCAAAACGACUGGGUCAUCGACAACAACUGGAUCACGGACAUUGACGCCAUGCUCACGACGCUAGUCAACCUCAACGGUGCGGCGCGCUGUGUUGAUUGUCUACCAAGCGCUGAGCCUGCUGGCUGCACCGGAUACUCGAAAAUCUGGAACAUUGAUGGCAACGACCCUAUUGCUGACCUCUUUGGGACUGACCUGCCGCCACUGGACACCUAUUCGAAAGAUGUAUUCAUGGACAUUGUUCGGGAUAUGGCCGCAGAUGGGGUCCGGCUCGAGGCCUUUGGCGACGAGUUGAGCCCUGCUUUGACCAUUGACAAGCCGGGCCAGCUCCGAGAGCAGACUUACAACAUUUUCGGAGACGGAGAUACUUGCUAA